AUGAGAUCACGGUUAACUUCGAUUUUUCGUCAAAAAUCAACAUCGCAAUUCCUUACUGUGGGUUUAACAGGUGGAUUAAUUGCAGGUUAUUUAUUUUCCAAACAUAAACCAAUUGUUCAUGCAGAAAGUAAAACAUCUAUUAUUAUUGGUGAACGAAAACCGGCAUUGCCAACUUUUAGCAUGACUGAAGUUGCUAAACAUACAACCAAAGAAAAUGGUUAUUGGUUAGCGUAUAAAGAUGGAGUAUAUGAUGUUAGUUCAUUUGUUGAAAAUCAUCCAGGUGGUAAACAAAUUCUUAAAACUGCUGGUAAAGCUUUAGAAGCAUGUUGGAAAGUUUUUACAAUUCAUCAAAUUGAUCAUGUAUAUGAAAUCUUAGAAGAAUAUCGAAUAGGAAAUUUACCGCCAGGUGAAAGAGAAGCGAAUGCAAAAGCUCAAGAAGAAGUUCUUGAUUUAUUUCAAUAUGAUCCUGAACGAAUAAAUGCUAAUGAAAAUUUUUUUAUUCGUUCAGAGAGACCAUACAAUGCUGAAACAAAACCUUCUAUUCUUGUUUCAUCAUUUAUUACACCGGUGGAAAAUUUUUAUGUACGAAAUCAUAUGCAUGUACCAUUUGUUAAUAUUAAUGAAUAUAAAUUAGAAAUUGGAAAUGAAAAAUCAGCCUAUUCACUUUCAUAUGAUGAUUUAAAAGAUAAAUAUCAAUCAUAUACAAUAACAUCAGCUAUACAAUGUUCUGGUAAUCGUCGUAGUGCUAUGAAUAAUGAAGAACAAGGUACAGUACAAGGUACACCAUGGUAUGUUGGUGCUAUUGGAAAUGGUACAUGGACAGGUGUAAAAUUACGUGAUGUUUUGGAAUCAUUUGGAUUUGAUAAAGAAGGAAAACAUGUGCAAUUUAUUGGACUUGAUUGUGAUACAUCACAAAGAUGUUAUGGUGCAUCCAUUCCAAUUGAAAAAGCACUUAGUGAUGAUGUUUUAAUUGCUUAUAAAAUGAAUGAUGAAGUGUUAACAACUGAUCAUGGAUAUCCAUUACGUAUAGUUGUUCCCGGUACAGUUGGAGCACGUAGUGUUAAAUGGGUAAAUCGAAUAGUUGUUUCGGACAAAGAAUCUGAUAGUCAUUGGCAAAAAGCGGAUUAUAAAGUUCUUCCAUCAUCUAUAAAACAACCGCAACAAGUUGAUUAUGAUCGUGAACCUGCAUUACAAGAAUUUAAUGUUCAAUCUGCUAUUUGUUAUCCUGCAUCGAGUGAAGAUGGAAAUAAAGUUAAAAUUUUAUCAAUCAAACCAAAUGAUGAAGAUAUUAAAAAUCAAAAACUUACAAUUAAAGGUUAUGCUGUAAGUGGAGGUGGAAGACAAAUACAAAAUGUACAAAUCAGUAUUGAUCAUGGAAAAACAUGGUUUCAAACUGAACUUGAACAACUUGCACAACCAUAUAUGGGUGCAUAUGCAUGGACGUUAUGGACUUAUCGUAUUCCCUUGAAUGAUUUACCUUCCAAACCAUUUGAUGUGAUGUGCCGUGCUAUGGAUACACAUGCUAAUUCUCAACCUGAUACUCCAUUAGGCAUAUGGAAUAUACGUGGUGUUAUGAAUAAUUCUUGGCAUAAAAUAACUUUACAAAUUGAUCAAAAUUUUCCGAAAAGCAAAAAUCAAAAUCGCACCGAUUAA